AUGGCCACGCAAGUCGGACACAUCAAGCGAAUAAACCACUUCAAAGGGAUCAACGUGGACGGGUUUCAGUUCCAAUCUCCGGACGUGAAAGCGUACGUGUUGACGCAUUUCCACUCAGAUCAUACCGUUGGAUUGAGCUCCGCGUUUAAUGGUGAUAAAGGUGGUACUACUAAUACGAAGAAGAAGAAGCUCAUUUACUGCUCGAAAAUUACCGGGAGUUUAAUCAAAGAAAUCACCAAAGUGAAGGAAGAAUACAUCGUCCCGUGCGAGUUACACGCGGAAACAGAAAUCGAAGGCACUUCGUAUACGGUGACAUUUUUUGACGCCAAUCACUGUCCAGGCGCGGCGAUGGCGUACUUUUUCGAUAAGGUGACGAAAAGGACGGUGUUACACACCGGUGAUUUUCGCGCCGACGAGGACAAAGUCCAAAAGAAUGAAAAGUUGAUGGAAACGCUGAAGAGAAACGGACGCUUGGACGAGUUGUAUUUAGAUACGACGUAUUGUAAUCCGAAUUACGAUUUUCCGAGGCAGAAAGUCGCGUUGGAGUGCAUGCAGAAAAUCGUUUUAGAAGCGUUGAGAGAAGAGCCGAAGACGUUGUUCACGUGCAGCGCGUAUAGCGUCGGAAAAGAGAAGGCGUUUAAAGCCAUCGGGGACGCGGUGCGCACAUUCUUCGAGGACAACGAUACGAAUAACAACAAUAAUACGAAAAUCGCCGUCAUGUUGAAAAAGAAGCAAAUGCUCACGCUCACGGAGUGGUACGACGACAACUGCUUCACAUGUUUUCAAGGCGAACCGGAUGAUCCGACAGGGAGUAAAGCUAUGGAACAACACGUGCGCGUGAUUUCACACGGCGGGAAGGAUCCGCACGUGUCUAUGAAUGCUAUCUUGCUCGCCGAAAAGCAUCGUUUUAAACGCGUGGUUGCAUUUUCGCCGUCCGGAUGGGCGUGGAAAUGGCAAAUGCGGAAAACGUACGAGGAGACGAAAUGCUUGAUUUGCGAGCCCUGGAUAGGGAACGACGGAUUGACGAAACUCUACCACGUUCCGUACAGCGAACACUCGAGUUACGGCGAGCUCUUAGGUUUCGUCGAGAGGAUAAGGCCGAGGAAAAUAACGCCGACAGUGAACGCCGAAACAGAAAAGGACCGCGACAAGUUACUCAAACGGUUCGAACAGUGGGUGGAUUUAUCCGCGAAUAAAGGCAAACUUCAUCACUACUUUUCAAAGUCUAAAACAAACAACAACGCGACGACGACGAAUAAUAACAGCGACGACACGAUUAUUUGUUUAAGUUCUGACGACGAAGGUGACGUUGAAAUCAUCGAUCCUUCGAUACGCGCGGCGUUGCCGAACGUUAAGAUUGACGUGCGCACACAACAAAGAGAGUUGGAAAGACUCGCCUCCUCGAAGAACGAGAAGAAGAGAAGCAAACGAGAAGAAGAAGAAGAGAAAAAAGAAAAAGAACACAUCAUCAUCGAUUUGUCCAAAGAGAGCAACAGUCCCAUGAAAGGAAUCAAUCACCACUCCAACUCCCGUGAAGUGUUAGAACCUUUCCCUCUCGGGUGCGUCUGUGUCGUUCGUAACGGCGAGUUUAAGCAAUUCAAGAAUCGAAAACACGUCGAGCAAAGGCUCCGAGAACUCGGCGCCGAAGUCGUGAACAGAAAAUCGUCGCGCGUCACGCACAUCAUGUGCGCGCACGGAAGCAUGCAAGCGACAGAACUCUUGAGAUUAGAAAAAAUGAGUACUACCUCUGCGAAUACACCUUCUGCCGUCGCUACCGUCGCCGCUGCCGCUGCCACCGCGAGUAAAACAUCAAAGAAGGGGAAGAAGAAGAGCGAGGACGAUGAAGAAGAAGAUGAAGAAGAAGAAGAAGAAGAGUAUCCCGACGACGCAAUCACGGUCACCGAAAGUUGGCUCAUGCGCCACGUUCGCGCGAUGAGAAACGGAACCGCCCGAGAGCACACGAGCGAAGAAAUCAAACACUUCCAAGAGCGACGGCGGAAACGCUUAAAACUCGCCCAAGAGGAGAAGAAGAAGAAGAAGAAGCAAAAGCAAAAGGAGAAAAGCGAGGAAGAAAAAUGUACAACAGCAGAAUAG